ACUCAACUCCUCUCACCAGCUCAACCCCACUCAGCCCCACACACCACCAUGACCGGCUCCUGCUGCGGCCCCAUCGUCUCCUCCCUGAGCUGUGGCGGAGGCUGCCUCCAGCCCUGCUUCUACCGCGACCCCUGCUGCUGCCGCCCCGUGUCCUGCCAGACCACCGUGAGCCGGCCCGUGACCUGCGUGCCCCGCUGCACGCGCCCCAUCUGCGAGCCCUGCCGCCGCCCAGUCUGCUGCGACCCCUGCAGCCUGCAGGAGGGCUGCUGCCGGCCCAUCACCUGCUGCCCCUCGUCCUGCCAGGCCGUGGUGUGCCGCCCCUGCUGCUGGGCCACCACGAGCUGCCAGCCCAUCUCUGUGCAGUCCCCGUGCUGCCGGCCCACCUGCUGCCGGCCCGCCCCCUGCCGCACCACCUGCCGCACCUGCAGGACCUCCCCCUGCUGCUGAGCGGUGCUUCCUGGGCGCGCAUCAUCCCUAAGUAGAUGGCGGGGUCUAUCCUGCUGCCCCACAGCUUCACAGCAGAACCGCCUGUUUUCUUGAGAAGCCCAUCCCUCCUCUCUUCAAACUAGGCGGCACCCUUUUCAAACUAAUUACUGAUGAAAAAUACCCUGUCCUCCCACGACCCCUGCUCACUCCUAUAUUGUGUUGUUGGCUUUCUAAUAAACUUCACACUUUCGGCAUAGAAA